AUGGCAACCUCAGGCUCUUCAGGAACAGUGGGCCAACUCGUCAAACCAGAGUACAGAAACUGGCUCGCUCUUGGACAUGCUCUGAUAACCGAACUUUGUCUUGGUUUACGUCCAUUUAUUAACCGGGAGAUGGCGACUUUCUAUCAGAAUUUGAAAGCAAGGCUUGCAGUGUAUGGGCCCUGUAGGUGCGUAUAUGUCUCAAGACGACGCCCAAAUCAGUACCAUGACAUGGGCACGUGUGCUUGGGCUAAUAUUCUUGAGCGUCACCAUCAUAAAAACAGACCAACCUGGAAGCAAAGUGAUGCUACAAAAUGGCUGGAUCCCCUUCUUGGACCCUGGGAAAUAGCCAAGCUCUUCUUGCCUGAUUUGGGAGGAAAUGUGGUGAUAAAGAAAGCAGAGGACAUGGACAUUACCGGUUUACUAAACCUGAUGUAUUUCUGCAAUCACUUCACCAUUUCUCAGCACUUGAUUAAGGAGGUACGUGAAAUCAGGAACAACAAGUGGGCACAUGUUUCUUCACAAGAAUUGACUGAUGCAGACAAGAAAAUUGCAUUUGAUGCUAUUGAAAAUCUGCUUAGUGAUCCUCGGUUAGCUCACGACCCUGACAUUCAGAAAGCUCUCAAGGAAAUUCGCAACCUUAAAGGAGUUUCAGACCUGCACAGUAUGGAGGCCCAGGUUUUAGCUGAUUUGAACGAAGUGAUUCGAAAGGAUCUUUCAAACAUAAACACAGAAUUGGCGAACUUGGCAGAAGAGUCUGAAAGGAACAAAGAAGAGCAAAGUAGGCUACGAAAACAACAGAAGAUGCUAAAGAAAGCUUUGGUAGACCCGACCUACUGGAAACGUAGUUUCUUAAAUACUUCGUUUAAUUUUUUUUGGUAUAUUUUGGGGAAACUAUCAGGAAGCGUUAAAGGUAUCCGAAGAAAAAACGUGGUUGCAUGGCUAAUGUUGUUGCUGCUUUUCCACUGUAAUGUUACUUUGGAUGACUCAUACAAUAGAGAAGGUAAGUUUAUGGUCAAUUUAAGCAAUAGACAACACUUUGUACGGGUUUACCGGCGUGAUAACCCACCUGGAACGUUGAAAGAACACGACAAAAGCUUGUAAAUCACGAGCAGAAGGCGAGUGAUUUUACAAGCUGUUCGAGUGUUCUCCCAACAUCCCAAGUGGGUUAUCACGCCGGUAAACCCAUAGAAAGUGUUGUUUAUUGCUUUUAUAAAGUAACUCUAACAGUUUUCUAUGAGUUUACCGUCACAAUAAACCAUAGGUUUUUAACCAAUCAGAACACGCCUACUAUCUUAGUUAUUUUAUAAAGAUCAGUAGGGCUAAGACGUCAAUUUCUAUGAUAAACGGUACGUUUUUCUGUGAAUGCGGACAGACUGGAUGGUACUUCUUUUGGAUAGGUUAUAAAAAGAAAAAAAAAACAAAGGUUAUUGUUAACGUGGUCAUUUCUCACGGGAAUGUCCGAGAGACGUAACAUUUUUAGAAUUAUUAACAUAAUUAUUAAAGGUGAGGUUAAAAAAUGCUAUAUAUCUUUAAAAUUCCAUUUGAUUAGUGCUUCAUGUAAACCUCAUGUCUGCAUUAUCUUUAGUUCCUUGUACGAUUUGCCAGUGGAGUGCAUCAGCUUCUCAAAAACUUGCAACUUUUCCUAAGCACUGAUCUGCACGCAAACGAAGUUGUACAACGUUAGUUAAAUAUGGUAAUAAUUUAGGACCUGCGACUUUGUGUUCAGAGUUGCUAACCAUUGACAAUAGAAGUAAGUUGUAGGGAUUUUUUAUUACAGAAAAGCUAGAACGGUUCUAGCGCAAGCUUUCUAGACUAAUUCUGCUUCGGCUAAGCUCAGCCUGCGCAUUAUAGAUUACUGUGGUAUUUUUCAGUGAAAAUCCUGGCUAUUGGACGUGCAGCUCAUGUAAUAAACUAAAAAAACUAAAGAAAAUGUAACUGUCAGGCUUACUCGUGACACUACUCAAAUUGCAAUGUAGAGAAUAUUAUGUUAUUUUCCGCAAUGGCCUAUUAUUUUAUAGUUCAUAGGACACUGGAAAAACCAAAUGUGCAGUUUAUGCGGGAUUCUCUCCCAGCGUAAAAGCCAUAACUAGCUAAAACUGAUAGCAUUGAACGAUUCAAGGCUUGUACCCAUCGUCAGGUCAAUUACAAUAAAGCCUUUCGUCAAAACAAGGGAGCUGGAUCGCAGUUUGCGGUGCAGUGAAAUACGAGAAGAGUAUCAAGUUUUUGUAAGUCGAUAAUAGCUGCAAGCGGGGGCACUUUAUGAAAUAUUGCUUCUGUAUUAGUUCUUCCAAACGCCCAUCCUCGGAGACCCAGGGGCAGUCAGUCGGGCCGGGAGAAAAGGCGCGACAAAAGUCUUCAAGCACAGGCGGAAAAGCCCCUGGGUACCGACUCUCACCGGAUCAUUUCCGAACGGUCAAGCGAAUGCUGGCUCCUGAUUGGGCACAAAAAAUGCUCUGUAUUAUUAUGCCCAAUCGGCGAACAGCAUCUCUUGAGUUCUUUUCGUGAGUUCGUACACGACGGCUAUUGACUCGAUCACGGCUUGUCUGGCUCAUGCACCAAAGAAACGCACGCAAUCAGGACAGUUUGAUAUAAACGCUACAUUUCAAAAUACUGGUAGUCUUUACACUAGAGCCUAAAUAAGCUAAGAAAUAUUUCAAGACAACUAAAUUUUAAAUUCUUCAAGUAAAAGAAAGCUUCACACACAACCUAUCUUUUUCACUUCAGGUUUUCCCCCGCAACAUAAUUAAGAUUGAUUGACAUGCUUCGCCUUUCUCAAAGCUUGGAAACCGCAAGUUCGCUAAGUCGAUUUUAAUGACACGCAAAGUAAAGUUACUUGAGAUUUUGCUUAGGCUUUCACACACACAUUUUUGGUUAAGUAAAACUUAGCAGCUCUUAAGUAUUACUUACCAGCCUAGUGUAAAGACAACCACUGUCUACACGAAAACUAAAGACGCUUUUCCAAAAAUACAAGCUUGAGCUUACAACUGACAGGUAUUCACGCUUGCAUCGAUCACGCCUUCGUAAAUCUUAGGGAGUUUUGUAUGUCACGACAGCUGACAACCACGAAAACGUCGCAUGAAGAAUGAACUCACAUUUUUUUCAGUCUUUAUCGUGAUUAUUCCAGCUUACUUUGUCAAAUGCAAGCGAACUCUUCUGGAGCUGAAUUUCUAUCAACCAUAUCCAAGUUUUCCCUGCUAGCAGAGGUCUCUCACGACGAGGCAAAAAUAAGAGAAAGGGGAGAGGUCUCUCUCCUUUCUCUUAUUCUUGCCUCGUCGUGAGAGACCUCUGCUAGCAGGGAAAUCCAAGUUCAUAAAGAGAAAGAAAAUUUUGUCAUUGCUUGUUUACGUCCUUCACUGAAACGUGAAAUUAGGCAUUUCAACGUGUUAGUCGUGCAGUGACGGCAAAGAAAUAUACAAAAAAGCGUGAUGCACAUGCAAAGUUGUUGUUUUGCCUUGUCAAGCUAUUGCUUUUUUUACUUUCUCGUCGCCGCUUCAUCUUAAACUUCCUAUUAUUUACGAUACAUUGUGAUCCGUCAGAAACAGAAUUUUCUCAGUGCAAAUUAAAUUGCUCCUGCUGAUAGCAUCCGAAACGUUUUUCGACUCAUCGGUAGUUCCUUCGUUUCUGGUUAGCAAAGCUUGCUGAACGAACCGGGCAACUGUGGCGAGAUAAUAGCCGUUGUGUACGAACUCACGAAAACAACUCAGGAUAUGCUGUUUUCCAAUUGGGCACAAUAAUACAAAGCAUUUUUUGUGCCCAAUCAGGAACCAGCAUUCUCUUGACCGUUUGGAAAUGGUCCGGUGAGAGUCGGUUCCCAAGGGCUCUUCCGCCCAUGCUUGAAAACUUUCGUCGCGCGUUUUAACCCGGCCCGACUGACUGCCCCUGGGUCUCCGAGGAUGCCAAACGCCAUGCCGUUCUUAAAUUUCGUCAAGCAAUAUAGGAAAAAAUUAACAGUAAAAAACUUACGUUCACCUGUUUUGUACAGUCUGUUCGAUCCAGGUCUAUGGUGAUCCAUGGGAGUUAAAGUACUUUGACUUCAGUGACUUCAUCAUCUCAUCCAGUAAGGAAUUUAUCGGACGUCGGUGGCUCUACAACGAAUUGGAAGGUAUUUUAGAAAACAGCCGCAAUCGUGGUGCGUUGAUAAUUGGAGAUCCAGGCGCAGGAAAAUCUGCUUUUCUAAGUAACUUGCUCUGUUCCACAACAUCCAGCCCACCUGUUCACUACAGAAUUCUUGGACAUCAUUUCUGUAUGCAUUACAACAAAGCAACACAGGAUGGUGCAAAAUUUGUCCAAAAUCUAGCAAAUAUGAUCGCUUGGAAGCUUAGUGGCUACCACGAAUAUCUCUUGAGAAACUCGUUUGUCCGCAGAGUGCUGCAGAGAGAUUGUUCCCAAGAUCCUGAGUGGUGUUUUGAACUGGGAGUUCUUACGCCCUUGAAAAACCUCCACCCACAACCAAACAACCCUUGGUAUAUUAUAAUCGAUGCUUUGGAUGAGUGCGCCAGUGACAAGGCAGAGAUUGUAAACAUUCUGAAAUCUAAAUCCCAUCGACUUCCGAAGUGGAUGAAACUUAUAGUCAGUUCACGUAAUUUAAGCACCAUUAUUUCAGGUCUAGGAGGAUUCCAAAGCGUGGAGUUACGAUCAGACGAUGAUAGAAAUCGUGAAGACAUUGACACAUAUUUGUCCUUAAAAAUGUUUUCAUUGAGCCAAAGCAUGGUACAAAAAAUUAAAACAUCUCUUGCAAUCUUAGACAACGACAAUCCAAGUCAAAAGAUGGUUUCGACCUUAGCUGAAAAAGGUCAAGGAAACUUUUUGUAUGUCAAGGUUGUCUUGGACCUUUGGCUAACUUCUACAGAGAAUGACAAGUGGGAGACAUUUCCUAAGACACUAGAAAGUUCAUACCAAUUGUAUUUUGAGAGGAAAUAUAGUGCUCCGGAAUCCUUUCAAUCCCUCCGCCAAAUAUUCGAAGUUUUGGUUUCGGCCUAUACGCCUCUUACAGUUCAAGAAAUGUACUCGUUGUUUCAACUUGACCAACCUAGUCUUGACCUGGAAUACGAAUUUCUGCCAAAACUUGACGAGGUCUCUCUGUUCUUGUGGCAUGGAUCGGAGGACGGUCUCAUCAGAAUUCAUCAUUCUUCUCUAUCUGAAUGGCUGACUAGCGAGCUCAACAAAGGGAAGUUUUAUUACGUUAAGAAGAAAAAUGGGCAUAACCGACUUGCUCGCUACUAUCUUUUGAAAGCAGAGGAAAAUAAUUCACCACUAAAACCCCGUGAAGCACUCUAUCUUACAAGUCACAUAGUCGAAGGUGGUUUGAACAAGUCUCUUGAACAAAAAUUUCUUUCACUUCCUUCGGGACGCAUAAACACCACAGAUCCUUUAACUCAAACAACCGCACUUCACCAUAGUUCAGACUGGCUCAAUACCGAUGUAACUAAGCUGUUGAUGCAGCACUUUUCAGAUGUUGACUGUCCGGAUAAUAAAUUGCGUACGCCCUGUUUUAUAGCAGCAACGUCAGGACAUGUACAUAUUGUCAAGGCUCUCUUCGAAAGAGGGGCCGACCUUGACCAUACCACUAGCUGCUCGGACAUCGGUAUUGCGUCUUAUUCUCUAGAUCCCGUAAGUGAAUGCAAAAGGACAAAGUGUGGUUAUUCGUUACUGCAUUCAGCGGCUCAAGAGGGCAGAGUGAGUGUUGUCCAAUUUCUUGUCCAACACAACGUGAGCUUGUCGAAGACGACAGGAGCCAACAAUACUGCCAUACAGUUAGCUGCAGCUUAUGGGCAUCUUAAGACCGUUGAGACCCUCAAAGAGGCUGGUGGUGUUUUGGAUGGCACCUGCUUACAUCAUGCCGCAGUUGGCGGUCAUAAAGAAAUUGUCCAGUAUCUGUUGCAAGAAGGAGUAAGAGAUUCUUGCAUCUCAAGCACUCCUCCUUUUAUACCCUCAGUCCAAAAGGACAAAAAAUUCAUAAGCUCAGAAUGUUAUGUGUAUGAUAAUCUUCAUAUCUAUUUGCGUGAAACUGCGCUUCAUGCGGCAGUCAAGAAAGGACAUCUUUCCGUUAUUGGAUUACUGCUAAAUAACCUAGAUCAAAGUGCCAUAAACUGCACAAAUUCUGCAGGCAGACUCCCACAACACGAGGCUGUACACUUACGUAAAUAUAACGCACUGGAGGUCCUGUUAGCAUUUGGGGCAACUCCUAAUGUUGGAUGUGAUACUGUAAUAUCACCACCAUUGCCAUUUAUCUUGGGGGAAAACCGUUGUCACUGUGGAUUUACUCCUCUACACAUCGCUGCCAUGUAUGGACAUCAAAGUAUUGCGCAACUGCUGAUAGAGAACAAAGCAGACGUCAAUGCAGGUGACUGCAAUGGAUCGACUCCUCUUCAUGUCGCCACCUGCCAAGACAUGUCAGCAUUUGUCGUCCUGCUCGUUAAGAACGGAGCAGAUAUUAAUUCAAGAAGCCUGAAUGGUUCUACACCACUUCACAUUGCAGCAGCUUGCUUUGGAAAGAGCGUUUUCUACCCUUUGUUUGAUAUGGGUUGUGAUCACUUAUUAAUUGACAACGAGGGGAUGACAGCGUUACACUACAUUGUAAAAGAUGUUAAUAUAACCAUCACUGACUACUUGACAGAUUUGUACGUUAGAAAUCCGAAGGACUGGAUAGAAAACCCAAGGCGAAAUUCUCAUGAUGAGACAAUGGACAAAUUGGACCGAACAUAUCCCUGGUUAAACACCUUAGCAGAGGUCAUCAGAAGUUUCACGGCAGCCGAAAGAGGGGGAUUAUCUAUCUUUUUGGAGAUGGAAGAUAAGAAAAACCAAACAGUUUUCAGCAUAUUAGAAGAAAAAACCAACGCUUCGUCUCUUCUAAUAGGAAGCAGUAGAAUCAGAGGUCUUUCGUUGGUGUUAUCUUUAACUCCAUUUCUUUUUGCCUACGAUACCGCAUGUUACCAAACAGCAAUAACCCGCGCUUUACCUUUAAAGAAUCAGUAUUCAUCUUCAAUACCAAUAUCUUUUAAGAGUGUUAUAUCAAAAACACUAACAUCAUUAUUGACAAACAUAAACUGUUCUACACUGACAAGGUUUGUAAAGUUCCGGCUGGUCCAUACAGUCAACACUGUGUUACAAGCUAGUGCAGUGGAUGUUAACUGCCGUGAUGAUUUAGGAAUAACUCCCCUACUGAUGUAUCUACGAACUGGUGGUCGGCAUAUGGCCAAAGUCCUGGUAAAACAUGACGUAGAAGUUAAAAUCAUCUGCGGAGAUCCUUUUGAAAUCUCGACGUUUCAUCUAAUUUCAUAUCAUAAAUUACACUACCUGCAUUACCUCCACGAAUUUUUCCUUGGGAGUGACAAUUGGCAAAAAUAUUUGGUGUCAAAGGAUGCAAUGUUUGACUAUUUCCUGGACAACUAUGAGCAACAAGAUGACCCAAGGAAUGGAACUAGUGAAUCUGUAAGAACCGGAGUUGGGCUAUUAACCAAAGCCAUUUUGUCACAUCCAAAUGGAUCAAAAGUUAUUGACGAAUGCUUCGAUGAAGAGGGCUAUAAUGCUCUCCAAAGAGCCUCUCAAGGCGCUAAUUUUCCUGCCAUCCAGAAAUUUCUCUCAUUGGGUGCAAACCCCUUCUUAGAAACAGCCAAUGGCUUUUCCCCUUUAUGGCUUUCAGUACUACAUGCUGUUAAGUAUAGACCCUUUCUUAACUUUGAAAAACCUUGUAUCAUGACAGCUCUAGAGGUGGAACUGGCUUCACUCUCAGCAUCCACAUUAUUAAAUCACAUUCUAGAAAACAGAAUAUUUGACGUGGGAUGCGAUGCAUCACGCUCUGACCUUACCCUGUAUCACAUCGCAGCUUCUCGAGGAAUGUGGCAAUUUGUCGCACACUUGCUUUCCAGCGAAAAAGUUACCGGAAUUAAUGUAAACUGCCCUAACGAAGACGGCAUAACUCCUCUAUAUUUGGCGACUAUCAUCGGUGGUGACUCAUGUCAGGUACAAAAUUCAUGGUGUAAAGUUGGUAACAUCAUCAAAAGUUAUGGAGGGACUCUUCAAUUUCCCACCAUGGAAGCCGAAUAUUUCCUUAUCUUUAACAUCUUUUUCGGAAUGAACCCCAGUCAUUUAUUUCUCGAGCUCACUGAAGAAGAAAUUCUUGCUCUUAACCAAAACUGUGGACGCGGCGAGUGCCAGGAAUAUCACUCCAGGAAGGCGGACAUUUUCAAAACUUCCGAUGAAGUGGAUAGGGUGCAUAAUAGUUACCAGACCGAAGUUGACAAAUGUUCAAGAUUUAUUGAAGAAUGUCCGCCUGACAUUAAGACGGAACUGUGUCAUUUCUCAGAUGUGAUGCUAAUGUUUGACAAACUAGUGACCUUAAAAUGUGAAUUUUUGCUUAUCCGAAAUUCAUUCAUACGUUUUCUUGACAAAGAGAUAGAAAGACUGAAACAUCUUUUGCAUACUGCAACGCGACCUCAUUUAGAAAUGACAUGCAUACCAGAGCCGCCUCCAGAGGGAACAUUUGACAUGUGUAAUGAAUUCUCGAAACCAGCACUUUCAGUUCAUGACUUGUAUCGUAAUUACAAACAAAAAUUAGAUUUGGUCAUGGAAAACUCGAAUGAAGUAAAAUCUUCCAUGACUUUGAAUGGAAGACUUCCACGUUAUUUGAGAAAAAUGAACUCAGUCCUGAACAGUUACGAUAAAACGUUGAACUGUGACUGGCAAGUAGUUGCCAUCAAGUACAUACAACUGAUCUUUCAAGUUCGUAACUUCAACAUUUGGCAAGAGGCUGUAAGCAGAACUCAAACUGUACCGAGUGUAUCAGAAUUUUUGUCACAAAGAAUGACAGAUGUAAUUCUUCAACCGGCCGAUGAAUCACUACGACUUGUGUUGAAACUUGCUUACAAGAAGUCUUUUGGAACCUUCAAUUAUCUCAGAAUUUUGCGAUUUACAAAGCCACCAUUUUGGAGCGAAACAUUUUCUGGAGUAGGAAACUUCGGGUAA